AAAUAAUAGAACUACACAUUCAAAUCCAGCAUCACCACCAGCACCACCAACCAGCAUCGCCAGUACCAUCACGAUCACCCUCAUAGACAACCAAGAUGGCCAAACAAUCACGUGGUGCUCCUGGAGCCAAGUUGCGCAUGACCCGAGGUCUCCCGGUCGGUGCCGUAAUGAACUGCGCUGACAACUCGGGCGCACGAAACCUCUACAUCAUCUCAGUCAAGGGAAUUGGUGCUCGUCUCAACCGUCUGCCUGCUGCGGGUGUAGGUGAUAUGGUUAUGGCCACUGUCAAGAAGGGAAAGCCCGAAUUGAGGAAGAAGGUCCACCCUGCCGUCAUCGUUCGCCAGUCAAAACCCUGGAAGCGCUUCGACGGUGUAUUCCUCUACUUUGAGGACAACGCUGGUGUGAUUGUAAACAUCAAGGGCGAGAUGAAGGGAUCAGCCAUUACUGGCCCAGUCGGAAAGGAAUCAGCAGAAUUGUGGCCGCGUAUCGCUUCAAACGCCGGUGUUGUCAUGUAGGCGAGGGGUUAAGAGCUGAGGAUACAGAGGAAGAAGAAAGUCACAACGAUUAUAGGGAUGACACAAUACCUCCCAGAUCUGAGUCGGUCACAGGUCUGAGGUGGUCCUGCAUGUUGACUGAGAUUUUCAUGGUUACGCAUUCCCAUAAUGAACCAUUGCAUCAUGUCUGUCUCGCUCUUUGCACAUGUGAUUACACUCUACACGAUGAAGUCAAACCUGGGAGGCAGUGGAAGGUAUUACCUUGCUUGAUGGGCAGCAGUGUCGGUUUUCUUGACCACCUAGGUAGCCAUCCCCUAGACCGAACAUGUCUGUGGAGUGUAGGUGGUAUAGAACAAUCUACAUCAAGAUGUCAAUACUACCAACGUUGGAGGCAUCUGUACCAAAUUUUGAACAAUUGCAUGCAAUAUGAGUAUUUCUAUCCUAAGGCAACUAAACUGCGGUAUCAGUUUCAUAUAAUUAUAACCUGUCUCCUCCUGUUGACCCUAGCAUACUUCUCUAAUCUCUUUUUCUACAAUCCUCGCACUGGGCGUCUGGAUACACGACGUAUUUGCGCAACAUUAUCCAAGUUGCCAAAACCCUGACUAAUUUAUCUGCUUCUAGUUAUCU